UGCAGGCCCAGCCUAUAAAGCCACCCUGCGUGUCCCCACCGACCCUGGCCCCCGCCCCUGCCACCCAGAGCCACCAUGGCAGAGCUGCCGGGGUCGGAGACGCCGGGGGACCCCACGCUGUGCAGUGGGCGCUUUACCAUUAGCACGCUGUUGGGGAGCGACGAGUCCCCACCGCCGGCUGCCUACGACAGCAGCCACCCCAGCCACCUGACCCACGGCAGCACCUUGUACAUGCGAACCUUUGGCUACAACACUAUUGACGUGGUACCGGCCUACGAGCACUAUGCCAACAGCGCCCUGCCCGGCCAGCCCCGCAAGGUCCGGCCCACACUGGCCGACCUGCACUCCUUCCUUAAGCAGGAAGGCAGUCACCUGCAGGCCCUGGCCUUUGACAGCCGGCCCAGCCAUGACAUGACGGACGGGCUGGUGGAGGAUGAGGCGGGCGCCAGCGGCGAGAAGAGCCCGGGGGAGCCCGUGCGCUUUGGCUGGGUCAAGGGGGUGAUGAUCCGUUGCAUGCUCAAUAUCUGGGGUGUGAUCCUCUACCUGCGGCUCCCCUGGAUUACUGCCCAGGCGGGCAUUGUCCUGACCUGGAUCAUCAUCCUGCUGUCGGUCACGGUGACCUCCAUCACGGGCCUCUCCAUCUCGGCCAUCUCCACCAACGGCAAGGUCAAGUCAGGUGGCACCUACUUCCUCAUCUCCCGGAGCCUUGGCCCAGAGCUGGGGGGCUCCAUCGGCCUCAUUUUUGCCUUCGCCAACGCUGUGGGUGUGGCCAUGCACACGGUGGGCUUCGCUGAGACCGUGCGGGACCUGAUCCAGGAGUAUGGCUCGCCCAUCGUGGACCCCGUCAACGACAUCCGAAUCAUCGGCGUGGUCACCGUCACCGUGCUGCUGGCCAUCUCCCUGGCUGGCAUGGAGUGGGAGUCCAAGGCCCAGGUGCUCUUCUUCAUGGUCAUCAUGGUCUCUUUUGCCAACUACUUGGUGGGGACGCUGAUCCCCCCGUCUGAGGACAAGGCCUCCAGGGGCUUCUUCAGCUACCGGGGGGACAUUUUUGUCCAGAACUUGGUGCCCGACUGGCGGGGCCCGGACGGCAGCUUCUUCGGGAUGUUCUCCAUCUUCUUCCCCUCGGCCACAGGCAUCCUGGCGGGGGCCAACAUCUCCGGGGACCUCAAGGACCCUGCCAUCGCCAUCCCCAAGGGGACACUCAUGGCCAUCUUCUGGACCACCGUCUCCUACCUGGCCAUCUCGGCCACCAUCGGCUCCUGCGUGGUUCGGGACGCCUCCGGGAACCUGAAUGACACGGUGACCCCGGGCCUGGGCGCCUGCGAGGGGCUGGCCUGCGGCUACGGCUGGAACUUCACCGAGUGCGCCCAGCAGCACAACUGCCACUACGGCCUCAUCAACUACUACCAGACUAUGAGCAUGGUAUCCGGCUUCGCACCCCUGAUCACAGCCGGCAUCUUUGGGGCCACCCUCUCCUCUGCCCUGGCCUGCCUCGUCUCGGCCGCCAAAGUCUUCCAGUGCCUGUGCGAGGACCAGCUGUACCCUCUGAUCGGCUUCUUCGGCAAGGGCUACGGCAAGAACAAGGAGCCGAUCCGCGGCUACCUGCUGGCCUACGCCAUUGCCGUGGCCUUCAUCAUCAUCGCCGAGCUCAACACCAUCGCCCCCAUCAUCUCCAACUUCUUCCUGUGCUCCUACGCCCUCAUCAACUUCAGCUGCUUCCACGCCUCCAUCACCAACUCACCCGGGUGGCGGCCCUCCUUCCGAUACUACAGCAAGUGGGCGGCGCUGUUCGGGGCGGUCAUCUCCGUGGUCAUCAUGUUCCUUCUCACCUGGUGGGCGGCCCUCAUCGCCAUCGGCGUGGUGCUCUUCCUCCUGCUCUACGUCGUCUACAAGAAGCCAGAGGUGAACUGGGGCUCCUCCGUGCAGGCCGGCUCCUACAACAUGGCCCUGAGCUACUCCGUGGGCCUCAACGAGGUGGAGGAGCACAUCAAGAACUACCGCCCCCAGUGCCUGGUGCUCACGGGGCCCCCCAACUUCCGCCCGGCCCUGGUGGACUUUGUGGGCACCUUCACGCGGAACCUCAGCCUGAUGAUCUGCGGCCACGUGCUCAUCAAACGGCGCAAACAGAGGAUGCCUGAGCUCCGGGCCAUCGCCAACGGGCACACCAAGUGGCUGAACAAGAGGAAGAUCAAGGCCUUCUACUCGGACGUCAUCGCCGAGGACCUGCGCAGCGGGGUCCAAGUUCUCAUGCAGGCUGUGGGUCUGGGGAGGAUGAAGCCCAACAUCCUGGUGGUCGGGUUCAAGACGAACUGGCAGUCGGCUCACCCGGCCACGGUGGAGGACUACAUCGGCAUCCUGCACGACGCCUUUGAUUUCAACUACGGAGUGUGCGUCAUGAGGAUGCGCGAGGGGCUCAACAUCUCGGAGGUGAUGCAGGCGCACAUUAACCCCGUGUUUGACCCGGCCGAGGACGGCAAGGAAGCCAGCGCCAGCAGGGCCCGGCCGUCCGUCUCUGGCACACUGGACCCCGAGGCCCUGGUGCGGGAGGAGCAGGCCAGCACCAUCUUCCAGUCGGAGCAGGGCAAGAAGACCAUCGACAUCUACUGGCUGUUCGACGACGGAGGCCUCACCCUCCUCAUCCCCUACCUCCUCGGCCGCAAGAAGAGAUGGAGCAAAUGCAGGAUCCGAGUGUUCGUGGGCGGCCAGAUCAACAGGAUGGACGAGGAGAGGAAGGCGAUCAUUUCUCUUCUGAGCAAGUUCCGCCUGGGAUUCCAGGAAGUUCACAUCCUUCCUGACAUCAACCAGAAGCCGCGGGCUGAGCACACCAAGCGCUUUGAGGACAUGAUUGCGCCCUUCCGCCUGAAUGACGGCUUCAAGGACGAGGCCACCGUGGCCGAGAUGAGGCGGGACUGCCCCUGGAAGAUCUCGGAUGAGGAGAUGAACAAGAAUAGAGUCAAGUCCCUGCGGCAGGUGCGGCUGAAUGAGAUUCUGCUGGAUUACUCCCGAGACGCCGCGCUCGUGGUCAUCACCUUGCCCAUCGGGAGGAAGGGGAAGUGCCCGAGCUCGCUGUACAUGGCCUGGCUGGAGACGCUGUCCCAGGACCUCCGCCCGCCCGUCAUCCUGAUCCGAGGGAACCAGGAGAACGUGCUCACCUUCUACUGCCAGUAACGCCAAGCGUGGCCACGCCUGCCCGAGGCCGAGGGCGCAUCCCCUGGGACCCACUCUCCAUGGACGCGGCCCGAGCUCCGUCCCGCCCCAGGAUCUGACUGAAGAGGCUGCAGGUUUCCAAACUUUGGCCGGACCCCACGCCCCUCGGACCUGUCCUCCGGGCUGGGUUUUAUGGGCUGGCGAAGGAGCCUUUGAAGCUGGGUGAAAAGUUCUCUGGCGGAUCCAUCGUCCUUUUAAGUUCUUCUGAUUCUGAUGGCGGCAAAUUAAGAUUUCAGUCUUUGAUUGAUAGACAAGUUUGAGUCAGAGUGUUGGCUGUUUGUACAGACGUUCCCGUGCCUGCCUCCUGCAAGGUCAGGAGAAAGUGCGCCCCACGUACACACCCCUGUCGCCCUCACCGAGGGAUGCAGGGCUCCUGGAACCUCCAUACUCAUGCAAAUUUCUCUAACCACCUCUCACCCCCUGCGCUUUCAAUAAUAGUGCGUCUUCGUCUUCGGUGUUUUGCCUGCUUCGCUGGGAGCCCAGGGACUUUCAGGGCUGUGGCCCACAGUGAGGGAUAGAUUUUACGUCGAGCCUUGGAACAGACACACUUACCCUCACGCGGGUGACGCACGCCGAUCUGUGCUGCUCUGAUUCUCCUUCUCCUUUGAAUGUUGGUUGCCAUCCCCUCAUGAGUGUGGGACCCACUCAUGGGGGUGACCCCGGUUUGAAAAGCAGCGUAGACCUUCCUUUGGGAGAGAGUUAGGGAGUCUGGUGCCAGGGUGUGCAGCUUUAGAUCUGGUUGGGGAUGGAGGAUGGAUGGUUGGUUAGGGAUGCAGGUAUCGGGGGGUCAAGAAUGGAGAAGCAGAGCUGCGGGGUGCAAGAUUGGACAAAGGAUCCGAAAGGUGCAUGUGCGGCCCCAGGUCGGGUGAAAGGAUGGGAGGAGGGGCCACUGGUAAGAGAUAGAGCCAGUGCAUUGUGGGUGGUCGUAGAAUGGGGGUCAGAGUUGAGAACCUGGGGAAGAUGGGCCUUGUUCAUGCACAGGUGUUGGGGUCCCGGGAUUGAACACCCCCAGAAUGCUUGCACCAACCACACUUGGAUGCGAGAGCAGAAUGAACGUGAAGAGACUCCAGUGCUGGUGGGUGGGGCUCCCUGAAAGGGCAUCUCAGUUCUGGGUGCACGUGUGUAGCAUGCAGUGAGCUGUUGGCGGGCACGGCUGGCUGGGCCUUUUCCAGGAGACGGGUGGCGAAGGAACAAGGCAGCUUUGGGUCUGCUCAGCCCCCUCCCAGCCCCCUGAAGCACCCACUCAGUUAUGGAGGGUUAGGACCGAAGGACGCUGGCAUUUCUCGGGUCAUGCGGCUGCAGAGAACAACGGCUCUGGUCUCAGGCUGUUCCAAGUCCCACCGGUCUUUUGCUCAGCAGGACUCCUAGAGUGACCCAGCGCCUGGCUGAGCUGACUGCCUGGGGACGGUGCCUCUGCUCCCUGGGGGCCUCGGGAGGGUGCCUGCCUCAGCCAUUCCCCCAACUCCAGAUAAGAUAAAACCUCCGUCAGGGAAUACAGUCCGAAGCCACAUGGAAAACUAUUUCCUGGUGAACGGACACUCCCUCUCCAGACCUCAGGGAGACCUGACCCAAGGACAGAAAUUGCUUUGGCUUCAGGCAUUAAAUACUAAAAGCAAAACUUCA